GCAGGCCCGCUGCGGGAGAUGGUUCGGGCCUAGCGGAGCCGGGACUGGAGGGAAUCUAGAGCAACAGCAAAGCUGAGGUCAAACUGCCAUAAGGAUGGACACCAAGGAAGCUGUGUUUGGGACAAAAAGAAAUCAAGAUAAGCAACAUGAACCGUGAAGAGCGGAAUGUGCUGCGAAUGAAAGAACGGGAAAGGCGGAAUCAGGAAAUUCAACAGGGUGAAGACGCCUUCCCACCUAGCUCUCCUCUCUUUGCUGAGCCAUACAAAGUUACUAGCAAAGAAGAUAAGCUGUCAAGUCGUAUUCAGAGUAUGCUUGGAAACUACGAUGAAAUGAAGGAUUUUAUAGGAGAUAGAUCUAUACCAAAGCUUGUUGCAAUUCCCAAGCCUACAGUACCACCGACAGCAGAUGAAAAAUCGAACCCAAAUUUCUUUGAUCAGAGACAUGGGAGUUCUCAUCAGAGUAGUAAAUGGACUCCAGUAGGACCUGCACCCAGCACUUCUCAGUCUCAGAAACGAUCCUCAGGCUUACAGAGUGGACAUAGUAGCCAGCGGACCAGUGCAAGUAGCAGUAGUGGUACUAACAGUAGUGGUCAGAGGCACGAUCGUGACUCAUAUAGCAGUAGUGGGAGCAGUAGCCGGAAAAAAGGCCAACAUGGAUCAGAACACUCCAAAUCACGCUCUUCUAGUCCUGGGAAACCCCAGGCUGUUUCUUCAUUAAGCUCUAGUCAUUCCAGAUCUCAUGGGAAUGAUCACCAUAGCAAGGAACACCAGCGUUCCAAAUCACCUCGGGACCCUGAUGCAAACUGGGAUUCUCCUUCCCGUGUACCUUUUCCAAGUGGACAACAUUCAAAUCAGUCUUUCCCGCCUUCAUUGAUGUCAAAGUCUAGUUCAAUGUUACAGAAACCCACUGCCUAUGUACGGCCCAUGGAUGGACAAGAGUCCAUGGAACCAAAGCUGUCCUCUGAGCACUAUAGCAGCCAACCCCAUGGAAACAGUAUGACUGAAUUGAAGUCCAACAGCAAAGCACAUCUUACCAAAUUGAAAAUACCUUCCCAGCCACUGGAUGCAUCUGCUUCUGGUGAUGUGAGCUGUGUGGAUGAAAUUCUUAAAGAGAUGACGCAUUCAUGGCCUCCCCCUCUAACGGCUAUUCAUACACCAUGCAAAACAGAAACUUCCAAAUUUCCUUUUCCAACCAAGGACUCUCAGCAGUCCAGUUUCGGCUCUGGAGAACAAAAAAGAUACAAUCCUUCUAAAACUUCAAAUGGACACCAGUCUAAAUCUAUGUUAAAAGAUGACUUAAAACUAAGCAGCAGUGAAGACAGUGAUGGGGAACAGGAUUGUGAUAAGACAAUGCCACGGAGUACACCAGGGAGUAAUUCUGAACCUUCACACCAUAAUAGUGAAGGAGCAGACAACUCCAGAGAUGAUUCUAGCAGUCACAGUGGAUCUGAAAGCAGUUCUGGUUCGGACUCAGAGAGUGAAAGUAGUUCUAGUGACAGUGAAGCAAACGAACCAUCCCAGAGCGCAUCUCCUGAGCCUGAACCACCACCAACAAACAAAUGGCAACUUGAUAAUUGGUUGAAUAAAGUGAAUCCACAUAAAGUGUCACCAGCUUCUUCUGUAGACAGUAAUAUCCCAUCAUCUCAAGGCUAUAAAAAGGAAGGCCGAGAACAGAGCACUGGAAAUAGCUACCCUGAUCCAGGUGGACCUAAAGAAACUAGUUCUACUACUCCCGGACGGGACUCCAAAACUGUCCAGAAGGGAUCAGAAAGUGGGCGCGGGAGGCAAAAGUCUCCUGCACAAAGUGACAGCACAACACAAAGGAGAACUGUAGGCAAAAAACAACCCAAAAAGACUGAGAAAGCAACUGCUGAAGAGCCCCGAGGUAGCCUGAAGAUUGAGAGUGAGACUCCCGUAGACAUGGCUGCCAGCAUGCCCUCCAGCAGACACAAAGCCGCCACCAAAGGCUCCAGGAAACCCAACAUAAAAAAGGAGUCCAAAUCAUCCCCUCGACCUUCAGCAGAGAAGAAGAAGUACAAGUCAACAAGUAAAUCUUCCCAGAAAUCACGGGAAAUCAUAGAAACAGAUACCUCAUCCUCGGAUUCAGAUGAAAGCGAGAGCCUUCCUCCUUCCUCGCAAACUCCCAAGUACCUUGAGAGUAAUAGGACUCCUGUUAAACCCUCCUCCGUGGAGGAAGAAGAUAGCUUUUUUCGACAACGAAUGUUCUCUCCUAUGGAAGAGAAGGAACUCCUUUCACCCCUCAGUGAGCCUGAUGACAGGUAUCCACUCAUUGUGAAGAUUGACCUGAACCUCUUGACUAGAAUACCAGGAAAGCCUUACAAAGAAACGGAACCACCCAAGGGUGAAAAGAAAAAUGUGCCAGAAAAGCACACAAGAGAUGCUCAGAAACAAGCCUCAGAAAAAGUUUCCAACAAAGGCAAGAGGAAACAUAAGAAUGACGACGAUAACCGAACCAUCGAGAGCAAGAAACCCAAAACAGAAGACAAGAAUUCAGCAGGCCACAAGUCAUCCAGCAACAGAGAGUCUUCUAAGCAGAGUGCUACAAAAGAAAAGGAUUUGCUGCCUUCUCCUGCUCCCGUUCCUUCAAAAGAUUCAAAAACUGAGCAUAGCUCUCGAAAGAGGACUAUCAGUCAGUCUUCUUCCUUGAAGUCUAGUAGUAAUAACAACAACAAGGAGAAUAGUAGCAGCAGCAAAAGCAGUUCCUCUGCAUCAAAACAGAAGAAGACUGAAGGGAAGACAUCCAGUAGCUCAAAGGAGGCCAAGGAAAAGACUUCAAAUAGCUCCUCAAGCUGCCCUCCAUCUACCCCAACUUCUGAAGCUUCUAGGCCUCGGAGAACAAAGCUUGCCUUUGAUGACAGAAAUUAUUCAGCAGACCAUUAUUUACAAGAAGCGAAAAAGCUAAAGCAUAAUGCCGAUGCACUGUCUGAUAGGUUUGAAAAAGCUGUAUACUAUCUUGAUGCUGUGGUAUCUUUCAUAGAAUGUGGGAAUGCGUUAGAGAAAAAUGCUCAGGAGUCCAAAUCCCCAUUCCCUAUGUAUUCAGAGACAGCAGAUCUCAUCAAAUACACUAUGAAACUAAAGAGUUAUUUGGCACCAGAUGCUACAGCUGCAGAUAAAAGACUUACAGUACUUUGCCUUCGAUGUCAGUCUUUGUUAUACCUGAGGCUAUUCAAACUGAAGAAGGAAAAUGCUUUGAGGUACUCCAAAACACUGACAGAACACCUGAAGAAUUCUUACAAUAAUUCUCAAGCACCGUCACCUGGCUUAGGAAGCAAAGCUGUUGGGAUGCCUUCCCCUGUCUCUCCAAAGUUGUCACCAGGCAAUUCAGGAAAUUAUUCUUCUGGGGCCAGUAGCGCUUCAGCAAGCAGUUCUUCAGUGACUAUUCCACAGAGGAUCCACCAUAUGGCAGCCAGCUAUGUUCAGGUUACUUCCAACUUCCUCUAUGCCAUUGAAAUUUGGGACCAAGCUGAACAACUUUCCAAAGAACAAAAAGAAUUCUUUGCUGAAUUGGAUAAAGUAAUGGGCCCUCUCGUCUUUAAUGCAAGCAUCAUGACAGACCUAAUUCGCUAUACCCGGCAGGGACUACACUGGCUUCGCCAGGACGCCAAAUUGAUAUCUUGAACUCAACACAUUCUCGUUGCCUCUGAUUUUCUCCACAACACUGUGUCACAUCACGAAGGAAAACUGCCAUAACACGCCACCUAGUCAACACUAAGAAUGAGGAAUGGUUUUCUCCUCCCUGAUUCAUGCAUUGUUAUUUUUUAAAACCCAGAGCCAUCGUGUCAGUUGACCCUUCAAUAUUCCCUAGUAUGAAAAAUUAUUUAAAUAUUUAAAAAUAUACAGCACAUCAAUCAGAUGGUUUCAGUGAUCUAUAAUAAGUGAAAUUCCAGUUGCAAUUCAUGACUAAUUGAAAUUUAAUUUAUUUUAAUUUUACAGUUCCCAGUUUGGGAAUAGUUUAAAACUGAGUGUUUUUCUGCCUAUAAAUUUACACUGUUAAAUAUUUAGCAUAAGUUUUAUUUUGACAUUUUUAUUUAUAUACUUUGGGAGCUUUGUUACCUGAUAUCUUUUGUGGUAGCUCUUCUAAGAGUAAGAGUUGGUUCAUCUAAAGUAUGGACAUAUUCUUUCUAUACCUACUACCUGAUAUUAUUUCAAAUCUUAACUACAGUUUUAUGAUUACAGAAUUUUUAUUUAGUAUUAAGGGUAUUCUACAUGAAAUCACUUAAAAUGAGAAGAUGGCAUUCUACAUGUCUAAUUUGGUAUGCAUUAUUUCAAAAACUGUGAAUGUGUUAAUAACACUAUAGCAAUCACAAGGUGACUAUAGCUUGCAUUUAAUGCAUUACUUAAGAGGGCAGGCAAACUUUCUUGGAGAAACAUUGUAUGAAGGAUUUUAUAAAAGGACAAUCUUGAACUUUAUGGAUUAUAUUAAGACCAUGUGUUCUUUUUUUGUUGCUAAUCACGUGAAACAGAACAUUAUUGUUAAACAAAGGAUAAGCUAGUCUGAGGGUUGCCUGUGUCUCACUGCUGAGGUUUGAAGGGUAAAAUCUCUCUUCAGCAUUUCCUGCCCACACACUAUAUUUGAUGCUCUCUUAAGAACAUGCAGUGAUGUAGGAAUGACUGGAGCUUUGGUUGUGUGUGCUUUUUGCUCUACCGUUUACAGUUUUAAUGCCUGGCAGAUAAUUUCUUCUUCUUAACCUGUCUUCUAUUUAUUCUUUAUAUUAUGAAGGCCCUCAAUAAUGUAUGUUUCUGAUGGGAUCAGAAAAUUCAGAUUAGGAAAGCAUUUAAUUGGGUUCAUUGUCAGCUUUUUGGGAAGGGGAGGGGGAGCUGGAGUAGUGCUAAGAAGCCAACUCUGUAAGAGUUGUUUCUCUAAGGACCUUUCCCUGUAAGAUGCAUAUAGGAGUCACAGGUGAGCAAUGUACCCAGUCUGUAGUUUUGUUUUGUUUUAAAGCCCCUAUCAUGUCUGGUGUGCCUUAAAUCUUACCUUGAAAUGAGGACUGUGGAUUGUUUACAGAUGAAGUUUUACACUAGGACCGGAUUGCCCAUAUGGUUGGUCUUCUAUAGUAAUAUUUUACAUUCUCUUUUCUUCGAAACCUUAAUUUAGGGUCACAUAAGACGGAAUCCUUUCAGAAAAACUAAGACUAUUACAUGACUUAGUCUAACCUGUUGGGUAAUGCUGUUCAAAGAAAAUAGCUUGUCCUUCUCCCUAUUUCAAGAAUCCAUCUGAACAAAAAUAAGGAUUGCCCUGCUAUUUUUAAAAAUUGCUAAUGCUUGAAAUGGGAAAGGAGGAUAGAAGAUCUCCAAGCCCAGUGGUGCAGUGAGUCCUCUGUAUUUGAAACUUUUACACUUAUUUCUUAAGCUAGUGAACUUUCAUUGUCCCGUGGCCUCAAGUUUCUAGAGCCUCUUCACGGUUUCAUACCUCAAGUUGUUUUUGCAUAUCAUUGAUGAUUAAAAUCCAAAAAAAAAAUUUGUUGAGUUUGUGAACUCGUUGGAGAACCCUUGGAGAUAUUGCCUCUGAUCUUUUUAAUAGUCAUGGUGUGUUUUAGGAACAGUUUUCCUUAAGAGGACAACUUCUCAGUGAUUGUGGUAAUAAAUGUGCCACUGUUAAUCACAGAUCUCUGUCCUCUCUUUGUCUGCUUCCUCUGACUAAUUUCCUUUAAUUUGCAGUGAUGACUUAGAAAAGGAUAAAGUAUCCUCUGAGCUUUUAGGCGUUCAGCCACAGCAGCCAGGGGGGCCUCCCUGAGCUCCAGUGUGCUCGAGUCUCUUGUGUGUCUGAAGACAGCAGGAGCAUUUCUGGGAUCACACUGAUAAUUUUGUGGAAGCAGAACUUCCUGCAUGUUUUAUGGUGCUGCUCUAAGACUAUCUAUCUCUAUAUGUAUCUGUGUUAAUUCUUAGGGGAAAAAAAUUCAAGUUUUAAUCAUGGGGGAGCUUUUCCCACCAGAUGGUGAUAUGCCAAGGAUAAAAAUCCUAUUCUAAAUGAUCGAUUUUUCAAUGAAAUAGACUAUGGAAAUGCCACUCCCUCUUUUCUGUGUCCUUUUGCUCAGAAGUCUGUGUGUGUCUUCCUCAGCUCCAGCACCUACUUUGGACUCUUUUAUAGAUCACCAUUCCGCCUUCUUCAGUGUUCUCUUAACCAUUUUGAAACUGAAUUUGACAAGUGGCUAAAAACUCUCUCUGAAAUUUGUGCUCAAUAUAUAGUUGAUUUUAGAAAUAGCAACUGUUUUAAAAAUGACUCUGUUGACUGCUCUUUAAUAUCACACCUGUAUGCCAGGAGGCAGCAGCCCAUACCAUUGGACUCUACAGGCAACCAGCAACCAGCAACCCGAUUGCUGUGGGUGAAGUUGUCAUGUGCAGGUGGCAGGGGCCUUCCCCUCCAGAUGAUACAAGUUUUCCACCGGCAAUCCCAGGUGCAUUCUGGCCAGGGAUCAUUGGUCCAUUUCUUGCCCUAGUGCUACCUUUUUCUGGGCAAGCAGCCAAGAUCUGACUUUAAUUAAAGUAGUGAGUAUGUCAGAUAAAUUUACAGCUAACAUUGCUGAAGAGUGGAGAAGGUUGAUUCUCACUAAUUUAAUUCUCCAACAUAAAAGCAUUUUAAAGUAAUGUGUGCAUGUGUCCACACACACACCUGUGCUCUGGGGAGCUUUUGCACGGAUGAAUCCAUAAGGCAUCUGGGCUGCACUUUGAAUGACACAUUUGUAGCUUUAUUAGAGUCACUGUUGUUGUGUUUCUUAAAGCGUUUCUUUUCAUUAAAGAAGGGUUUCUUCAGCUAGAUCAGUCAGCAUCAUUUUGUAUUUAAUGAUAGAAUCUUUGAGAAGUUACCUUUAUUAAAUAAACGAGUUCAUGUUGUAAAGCAAGAGCCUACAAAAGGCCCCUAUUCUAAAUGACAGUUUUUGCUAUGGAGACCACAGUGCUCUCUGCAGUCUCUGAGCAGCCAGUGAGCAAGCAGCCUGUGGUCGCUGCAGUCAAGGAUGCCUAGUUGUGUAGAGGAGAGAGUUACAGCGUGCACCCUUCUAGGUGUGAGGUAUGCAACUUCAGAUUUUAAAAUUAUGUACACACACACUCUUUAUAUAUAUGUAUGUAUGUAUGUAUGUAUGAAAACAUGAAAUUAGUUUGUCAAAUGUGUGUUUAGUAUUUUAGCUUAGUGCAACAAUUUCCACAUUAUUUAUUAAAUUGAUCUAAGACACUUUCUUGUUGACACCUUGAAUAUUCAUAUUCAGGGCGUGCAAUGUGUAUUCCUUUUAGAUUGUUAAAGCUUAAUUCCUAUGAUUUGUAGAAAAUUAACUUUUAAAAUAUAUUCGAGCCCCUUCUGUAGUGUUAUAGGGCUCUUACAGGGUGGGAAGGAUUUCAAUAUUUCCAGUUGCUAAUUGAAAAUGGCCUCGUGUAUUUUGAAUUCUGGGAGUUUGCCUCUGGGUCUCUGGACCCUCUCUGAGAAAGUGUAUUAGGCAUUGUGAUCGUUCUUUAAAACAAAACCAAAAAGAGACUAAAUUGGGAAGCAAAGCAUUUCAAAUCCAUAUAGAUUCCUAUAAGUCAUUUCCAGUUCAGUUUUAUUUCAGUUUCAUGUAUUGCCCUGUUGGAGAGGCAUACUUCCUUCCAGAUGCACAUCUAAGGUUGCUGUUCGGUAAUAGAAGAGUUAAAGUAUUGAAUGACCAGAAGAUGUAGUGACAGAGGCCAAAUUGAUCAAAUGGAGAAAUUCAGUUUAGACUUCUAGACCUGAAAAAAACUAAGCCUACAAUGAACAGGAAAUAAGGUAUUAAGUGGGUGCUGAUUCUUUUCAAAUGAAAACUAUGUUAAUUAAAAAGAACUUACUGCCUCCAGAAAAGGAAACAUAUAAACUUUUAUAUAUGAAGAUAUAUAUCAACUUUUUUAAA